UGCCCGUCAUACAGAGUCCUGUUCAGCAGCUCGGUCCUGAAUCUGUGUGACCUGGUGGCCCUCAGGCCAGAUCUGGCCUGUCUUAAGAAGGUUCUGUAUUUUCACGAGAACCAGCUGGCUUAUCCAGUCCGCAAAGACCAGGAGAGAGACUUCCAGUAUGGAUACAACCAGGUCCUGUCAUGCCUGGUGUCAGAUGUGGUGGUGUUCAACUCCCUCUUCAACAUGGACUCCUUCCUGUCCUCCAUCUCCUCCUUCAUGAAGAAGAUCCCAGACCACCGACCCAGAGACCUUGCGCAGGUGAUCCGGCCCAAGUGUGUGGUCCUGAACUACCCAGUCCAGUUCCCUGAUGUCAGCAGGUUGCUGCCGAAACACAAGCUGGUCCGCUGGCAGAAGGUCGGUCCUGGUCAACCACAGACAUCAGGGUCUGGGGAUUGGCCCACGUCUGAACCCAGAACAGACAAGAAGCCUGUUCACGAGGAGGGCCCUGAAGACCAGGGGAAGCCUCUGCACAUUGUGUGGCCUCACAGGUGGGAACACGACAAAAACCCUGAGCUCUUCUUCUCCACUCUGCUCAAGCUUAAGGAGAAACAACUUGACUUCCACGUGUCAGUGCUUGGAGAGACGUUUACCGACAUACCAGAUAUCUUCCUGGAGGCCAGAAGUCUGCUUGACUCACACAUCCUGAACUGGGGUUUCCUUACCAGUAGAGAAGAUUACCUCAGAGUGUUAUGUCAGGCCGACGUGGUUGUCUCCACCGCCAAACAUGAGUUCUUUGGAGUGGCCAUGUUGGAGGCGGUUCACUGUGGCUGUUACCCUCUGUGUCCUAAGGCUUUAGUGUAUCCUGAAAUAUUCCCAGCAGAGUACCUGUACUCCACACCUGAGCAGCUGUGUAAGCGUCUGAAGCAACUCUGCAGGAGACCUGAUGUCGCCCGCACACACAUCAGCAAGGUCGACACCUCCUCCUUCUCCUGGGCCUCUCUAAAGCAGCGUUUUGAGACACUGCUGGCAGAUGGUGGUCACUGAAUGCACCGUGGACUGGGGCGCUGACACCUGGGUCUGUUACUGUUGAACGGUCACAAGGCCUGACUCAAAGCCCUACAAAGAUGCAGUGAUGACGUCCAGGCCGAGCAGCUCCGGCACCGCGGAGCUCCAAAUCAAAGCCCGUCUGCCAGGCUGGAGACGUCAAGUCUGGACCUGUAAAUGUGCCCGUCUCUUCCAGCUGGAGGAGAACUCUCUUUUCAGUGUGUGGUUGGGCAGGGUUAAUGUGUAAAAGCUUUCAUGUUCCCACAGGCGGUGCCACCUCAUAUGUCUGCCUGGAUCCAUUUUUAUCCUUUGUUGUGUUUCUGUUCUUCACCACACCAGCUGAGUGGCAGCCAGGCGCUGGGCCCAGUCUGCAGCCCCACCUGGGCUGCCUGGUUCAGGCCUGGAACAAAUUAUUGUGUACCCACAGACGUUUGGUAGCACUGGGGCGUCAGGACACCAUACACUUCUGAAACUACAUAUCUGCAUACACUCCCAAAAAAGAUCUGUUGAUCCAAGCAACAGAAGAAACCUGGGAGUUUUUCUCUGGUUUGGCUGGGAAAAAAUCUUUUGUGUUUUUUUUGUUUUUUUAUAUAAAUUUGAACAUUAUUUAAAUGUUUUUGAUUUAAAUCUCCAUCUGAUCAGGAAGUAACUGAUUUAAUGGAGGCCCAUUUCUGCCAAGAAAACGAAGCGUAAGAAAGUGAUGAGAGUAAAAUGACAACAUAUAGUGGGAACCUGAGUCUAUUCUGAAACAUGAAUCCAUUUCAGGGAAAAGAGCCUAACCUUUACAUUUUCAAUUCAGUUUCUACCAUGUUUCCACCUUGAUUUGUGAAACAGUUAAAGUAAAAUAAAUGGCUUUUGUAAAAAGGCAGUGGUUCAGGUCACGGUCGACAUAAAAAGCCUCCGGAGCAGCACACUGCUCAAAUGUUGUUUUGCAGAGUAUAUAAAACACAGGCGUUGGUGUUUCAUUGGCCUGCUAAUACAUGCAUUUACUGUGUGACACCUUCAGGUUGUCGACUGUGAAUGUGUGUCUCACUGUGAUUCUGCGUCCGGCAGCAGCACUGCAGGGACUGUCGGAGGUGAUGUAGGUCGAAGUGUGCUCGGUCUUUCAGCGGUCGUGUCAGAUUCUCAGUCUCGUCUCGGUGCAUCUGUGCUGUCAUGCAUCGCUGUAGUGACACUCGUUUUCUGCUCCAAUUAGAGCAUUUUAUUCUCUGGCCUGGGGCCACACAGAAAAACACAGCAGUUUGUUUCUUCAUGUCAAGGCUGGAGAUGUUUCUCUGCAGCUGCAGGAGCUGAACCUGUAAAGGGGGACCUCGAGCUCCAACCUGCUCACCAGACUCCGCUUCAGAUACACAGAGAACACAAACUCAGUGAUGGGCAGAAAGCAGCCCACUCAGCUGUAGUCAUUUCAGUGUCUUUGUGCUGGGUUUGCAUCCCAUAUUUGAUUUAAAGAAAAAAAUGUUUGACAGUCAACCGUUUUAGAUACUAAGUGUAAAAAUAGACUGGGAUAAAGUCAAAUAUUAGAUAUGGAUAAAGUAAAAACUCAAAUUGUAAUAUUUAAAAUAAAAGUAGAAAAAAAAAGAUGAGAUGUAAAGCUGUAUGGUAACUGAAUGAGUGUACACUGAUGAAAUUUAGACAUAUUUGUCUCUCCAUGCAGAGGCAUGGCCUAAAUAUCAGUAUAUUAAACCUUAUCUGAGCAGAUGUGUGAUGAAGGCAGCAAGUUAGCAGUGAUUCACAGCUUCAUGCUGCCAGUUCAGGUGUAGUCCGUGUCUCCACUAGCAGAAGCAAGACGAGCAGCUCCUGUGUGCAGUGUCCUCAUGCACGUACUGACAACCAUCACUGUGACACUGAAUUAAACGCAGUUAAGGAUGUAUUUAAGUGGCCGCCAGGGAAGAGUUGUGGCUCAGGAGGCAGAACUGUCAGCGGUUCAAUUCCCGUUCUCCCAGGUCCGCAUGUCGAAGUGUCCUUGGGCAAGACACCGGACGCCGCGUUGUCCCUGAUAGAGCAGGUCAGCACCCUGCACGGACUGCACCGCCAUCAGUGUGUGUGCGCGUAUGUGUGACAAACUUGGCCAGUAAAAGUGAUUGCCAUUUUACAAUAUCCUCAUCACACUCGGUCCAACACUGCCUGUCUGUAUGUGAGCAGCCUGACCAUUUCAAUAAAAAGGACUUGGCGCCGGUUUGUGGUGUUUCAUUUCUUUGGUAACAGAAGAAGUGUAUAAAAGUUGAGGAAAAGCAGUUUGGUUUGGGGCUUUUUUUGCCCCAAACUGUUGGAUUAUCAACAAAAAACAGCAAUAUUAAUUUCACGCUUGAAGAGUGCGGCUGGUUUCAGUCUGCGGCUCUGCAGAGCUCUGACUAGCUGCAUCUCCCCCAGCACCAAGCACUGAAACAGAGGUGAGGAAACCUGUCGGCGGCAGGUUUCCUCCUGAUGCCUGGUGCAGCUGCUGUUCUGCUCCGACGCUUGGUCAGCUUCAUUAACAUUUUCACAGUCUUUAACAUUUCAGUGUAAAGUGAAGCUUGGUCCGCAUCUGCUGCCAUUUCUUAAUACAAGUCCUGUUCUCCGAAUCUCACAAAUGCUGGUCUCUCAGCUAACGUUGGACUGCAGUAGUAGUCACGCUCAUAACACACUGGGUACGGCCCAAGUCUCUUGAGGGUCCAUAAAUAUGGACAUGGCAUCACCACUUCCUCCAAUAUGCAAAAAUGAAGCAGUCUUGCUCUUUUGCAACUAGAUUCUACACAGUAGCGUCCAGAGGCGGAGUGACUGCAACAAACCGCCAGGAUUAAUUGAAACAUGCCACUUUAUUAAUAAUGAUAAGGAUAAUCACCUUUAUUUGGCCAAGUAUGUUGCACAAGGAAUGUGUUACUGGUACAGAACCGAGGCAGCCGUCUGCGGUACCAACUCAUACCAAUGACUCUAACCAUCGGGGGCAACUUGGGUGGGAUUUAUAACCAAUACCUCACCCAGCCACCAGGGGGUCCAUGAGCAUUGACUUGUGGUCCAUGUUUUAUACAGUCAAUGUUCCGCCUAUGUAAGCUGCAAGGAGGGAGAACUCGAGGAAACGAGACUAGGCGAGAAUUUUAGGACGUCCUCGAUCCUCACCUGACUUGGAGACUUGGAAAUGUCUGAUUUGCAGUAUUUUAGUCGUAUUAUUUUAGCAGAUUUUCUUUGGCCUGCUAAUGCAAUUUGCCUUGGUGUUUAGCCAUGCUGUUAUAGCUUUGUGUCCUUUUGGCUGAUCUGGAGUGAUUGGUAGUUUAGCUCUAUGUUGGCUUUUUUUGCAUUGGCACUAACCCUAGCCCAGCCAGUCUUAUGUUAGCUGGGUCUGUGCUAGCUUUGCCUAGUUUUAUGUCCUGAUAGCGUUUUAAUUUACCAAAGUG